CAUGUCUGUUGGAAGAGAAAGAUAGAUAGAACCAACGAUCUCUAGGCUAUACAGCUUUAAGUGCAAAGAUACCUUGUGAUUCAAAGAUUGCAUGACAGAAAGGUUAGGUAACACAUUUUAUUAAUGUUCUCCAUUUCAAUGCUCCCGUCCUUGGAAAACAAAGCUUCGUAUCUUCAUUUAUCUUCACUCAUCCCCCAAAUUCAACUCUCCGGCCUUAUUUGAGUCUCCAAUCUUCUCUUUGCUCCUCUCCUAUCACUUGCUACCUUCCACUCCUGAACAUGCUUUGUAUAGUCCCAUCCAAAUAUCCAAUACCAAAGCAGCAGCUGUUCUCUUACCGCUUCUACUAGACAACUUUAAACAAGAGCAUACACAAUAAUCUUUAGCCAAAAGAAAUCAUUUACCUUCCCAUGAUGUCUUCCAUCAUGUCCAAGCAGCUCGGAGACUUUCUCCAAGAACAGCAGGAACCUUUCAUCUUAGAGGUUUAUCUUCUUGAAAGAGGUUACAGCUCCAGCAGUAUAGGAACAUGUUUGAAAAGGUCAGUCAGCUCUGGUUUAAGGAGAAACAGAAAAUUCAUCCCGAAUUGUUCAAGAAUCGUGAGAGCUCUAUUUAGCAGAACUCUGACUGUUACUGAGGACCAGAAAGUCAGCAAUAUUUCUGGAAUCAGAAGUGAAGGUGUUUGUGUCUCAGAGAUAGACAACAUCAAACAGGAAAUGGCAGAUGAUGAUAAGUUUUCCUCCGCCAGCAGUGCAACAAUGUUCAACUCUUGCUCAGAGAGUGAUGGAGAAGAUGCACAUUACGCAUGGAGAAAAGAUGGCUUUUGGGGAAUACCAGACUACUAUCAAGCCAUUAAAGAUGAAAAUGAGGUUACCGCAGACCGAAGGUUUAGAUUGGAAAAUGGCGAAGACGGCAAGCAGCUGAGCCCAGUUUCAGUUUUAGAACAUACACAAUCUGCUGAUGGUUCACCAUUUUGUAGAAAAGACGGUGAUGCUAGAAGCCACAAGCAAAUUUCGACUUCAGUGUGUGCAUGUAAAUCAGAGAAGCCAUUUUGUUCUGGUUUCGGUGAAUUUUGCAAGCCUGAUGCAUCAUCUCAAUACGCGAAAAACAAGAAAGCAGUGCAAAAAUCAAAACUACUUCUGUUUGACUGCGUUAGAGAAGUGGUGGAGAAGCACAAAAAGUACUACCCAGAGCCAGAAGGCCAACAAAUUCAACAAAUUAUGGGGCAUGAGAAGCUCUGGGAGCUCAUAUGCCAAAACAUUUGGUUAUGGAGCAAAGAAUCAAUUCAUGAAACCAAUACCGCCCAUCUACUGCACCUUGAUUUGUUAUCUUCUGCUCAAGAGUGGAGCAAUUUUGAGCAUCACAGGCAAGAAAUAGGUAUUCAGCUUGCAGAUGCGAUGCUAGAGGAUAUCAGCUAUGAGGUUAUCACAGACAUGACAAAGAAUUCAUGAACGUAUGUAGAUCUCAGAAGGGUUGUACUCAGAAUUUUGUGGUGAUAUGAACAUUUGUAGUCAAAAGCAGUUCAAAUUAUCCACAAGCUCUUUACCAAAUCAAUUGUUAAAACGUAAGAUUUAACUGACGCA